CGGCCCCUGCCGGUUACAUAACUCGUUUCGGGCUCCGCGCGGCCCCACUUUUCGGCAGCCCACGACCCCAGGAUGCUUUGAGCCCCACGACGGCGUCCGCUGCCGCCGGCUCCGGUCCGAGGUGAGCAUGAGAAGAGGAGGAGGAAGUAGCGUGCGGUGACAGUGCCCGGUUCCGUGGGCUGGUGACGGAGCGCGGCUGCCCUCCUGACGCCGCCUCCCUCCCUGCAGGUGUGAAUGACAGAGGUGGUGCCGUCCAGCGCCCUCAGCGAGGUCAGCCUACGCCUCCUCUGCCACGAUGACAUAGACACCGUGAAGCAUCUGUGCGGCGACUGGUUCCCCAUUGAGUACCCAGACUCAUGGUAUCGUGAUAUCACCUCCAACAAGAAGUUCUUUUCCCUUGCCGCAACCUACAGGGGCGCCAUUGUGGGAAUGAUAGUAGCCGAAAUAAAAAGUAGGAGCAAGAUACACAAGGAGGAUGGAGACAUUCUAGCCUCCAACUUCUCUGUUGACACGCAGGUUGCGUACAUUCUAAGUCUGGGAGUAGUGAAGGAGUUCAGGAAGCACGGCAUAGGUUCCCUUUUACUUGAGAGUUUGAAGGAUCACAUAUCAACCACCGCCCAGGACCACUGCAAAGCCAUCUACCUGCACGUCCUCACCACCAACAACACAGCAAUAAACUUCUAUGAAAACAGAGACUUUAAGCAACAUCACUAUCUCCCCUAUUACUACUCCAUCCGAGGGGUCCUCAAAGAUGGCUUCACCUAUGUGCUCUACAUCAACGGCGGUCACCCUCCCUGGACAAUCCUGGACUACAUCCAACACCUGGGCUCCGCGCUAGCGAACCUGAGCCCUUGCUCCAUCCCGCACAGGAUCUACCGUCAGGCCCACAGCCUGCUCUGCAGCUUCCUGCCGUGGUCUGGCAUCUCCAGCAAAGGCGGCAUUGCCUACAGCCGGACCAUGUGAUGCCAGCUGGGCGGCCGCCAGCAGGCCCCGCCCUUUGGCACCCCGCAGAACCCACCUUCCUGGCUGUCGGACUUCUGUCGUCUGCAGAGGAGCCGGCGACCCCUGACCGGGCCCGCUGGCCUGCCCCAGCUGCAGGUGGGGUGCUACGCAGGCUCGGAGCAGAGCGUCGUGGGCACACCUGGUCUCUGACAGG